AGACUUGUUUGAGGUAGCUAGUCCUGCUAGGCAGAGAUGUUCGACGACGAUGACCUAUUUGGCUUUGGAGGAAUGCAUAGAGCUAUGCAAAGUCAGUUUCGAGAAAUGGAUAGGAUGAUGAAUGCAAUGAUGGACCCGUUUGGGAUGAUGAUGGGUGGAAUGCCUGGAAUGGGCAUGAUUGAGGGUCCUUAUGGGCGACAAAGUGUACCUCCAUCACACCGCAUGCUUGCUCGACCGUUCGAUCCUUUCGGUGGUAUCGGAGGAAUAUUUUCAGCAAUGGAAGAUCUGCAACAACGGGCAAUGAACGAUCCUCACUCGCAAGUGUACACACAGUCGACAAUGGUAACAUUUGGUGAGGAUGGCCAACCUCGAGUAGUGGAAAAUUCUGUGCGAAAAAGUGGAGACGUGAAGGAGACGAGGAGAGCUGUCCGUGAUGGUCAGAGAGAAGAGAUGGCCAUUGGUCAUUCUAUUGGUGACCGGACCCAUAUAAUAGAAAAGAAAAGAGACAAGGACGGCAAUGUUCGUCGUCAGCAGAAAUUUGUAAAUUUGGACGAAUCUGCUGCAGAAGACUUCGAUCGCGAAUUCCAAUCGAGAGCUAGAGCAAACAUGGGGUAUACCCCAAGCAGUGCCAGACGUGCGCUAGAUGAUGGUGCUUCGUCAUCAUACCGUCAUCGCUCAGCAGAUGUUGCUGGACGACCGAGAACAGGGGACAAUGCACCAAUCAUAACAUUGCCGGAUGAUGAGGAAGACGAUGACAAUAGGGAACGUGGAAGAUCGAAUGCUGGGACAAGUCGACAUAGUAAUGGCUAUUCUGGUCCGCGAAUAACGAGUAAAGGCUGAUAUCCUGAUCGCUGAAUUCUGUCCACAUCUGGUAUCCUACGCUAGUUUCCCCCUCGUAGUCGGUAGCAUCUUUUGAGUUUGGUUUGUAUUUACUAGCGCCUUUGAUUGUCUCUUUCCUCCUUGUAUGUGCUCCGCUCGUUCUAUGAGCUAAUGGAAUUGCACGGCUGGUUCUUCUAAUAUUAAUUCGUAAAUAUAUAUUUGUCAUUGAUCGUAACUGGUGUCGUUGUAGCGUCAUAUUAGUCGUAUAUGUAUCACAAACUUCUUUUCUGGAAGAUGUAGAUGUACUGGUCAUGUAAUUUCGUAUUUACAGAAGUGCUUUUUCUGUAAAUAAAGUCAUUUCU